AUGGGCACCCACCCAUCCGCACUCACCGGCCGUCCCAAAUCCUGUAUUCCAAAUAUCUUUGCAAAAGACUGGGCCCGCGAAUGUGUCGAAGCCGCCAUUAACUCCCGUCUCCCACCCUACGCACUCUCCAAGGACGAAUACAACACCUUCAAAGGCGCGAUCAAUCAUGUCCAAGUCACGAAUUAUCUCAAUAUUAGGAAUGCGGUGUUGUGGCUCUGGUUAAGGAAUCCCCUUUGUCCGGUGAGUAGGGAGGAGGCGUUUGGGGUUUGUAGGGAUGAUCGGUUCGUGCCGUUGGCGGAGAAGAUUUUCGAGUAUCUCGUCAGAGGGGGUUAUAUCAAUAACGGAGUCAUUCCAAUUCCUAGCCCGCUGGAGGUUUUGGGACAGGUGCAGCCGGAGCGAUCCAAGUCAGGAAAGGUCGUCGUUGUGGUGGGAAGUGGGAUUGCGGGACUCAGUGCUGCACGGCAAUUGGAGGGUUUGUUCAAGCAUUUCGCGAACAAGUUCCCGGAGGACGAGGAAUUACCCAAAGUCAUGGUCGUCGAAGCUCGGUCCCGGAUCGGAGGGCGGGUGUAUUCGCGUCCGAUCAAGGCUGAUACGCGGGAGCAGCUUGAUUUGGGUGAGGGAAGGGAGAGUACGGCGGAGAUGGGUGCGAUGAUCGUUACGGGUUUUGACUAUGGUAACCCGUUGGGUGUUCUCAUCAAGAAACAGCUCGCGUUGCCGUAUCACCACCUCAGGGAAACGGACUUACAUGAUGAGACUGGGCAGAAGGUCGAUAAAGAGCGGGAUGUACGGGUUGAGAGGAUGUUUAACGAUGUCCUUGAUCGCGCGGCGGGAUUCAAGGAGCCGAGGGUGCAACCGAAGUUGGUGGAGGGGAAUAAGUGGGAUCUGGAUUUAGGGCGGGAUCCAUCUUCUGAGGGUGGUAAGACGAUUGCGGAGGUGGAGAAGGGGGAGGCGGAGAUUCCGCCUAUGAGUGCUGGUGUGGAGACGGGUAUUUCGACGCCGUCGAAUGAGAGUGUUUUUGGGGCGGGGUUGGAGAGGAUGACCGGGCGCCCGUGGCACGCGACCGGGACGGCGGGAAAGAUUCCGCCUAUUGAGGCGUUGAGGAGGAUUGGAUUCGAGGUUGAGGAGAGGGAUGUUGAAACCUUCCAGCCUCGUCCUGCGGAUGAACCGACGCUUGGGGAUACCAUGGACGCUAUCCUCCUCGAGUUCAAGGAGCUCGCGAAGCUCACGCCGGAAGACAUGCGGAUGGUCAACUGGCAUUACGCGAAUUUGGAGUAUGCUAAUGCCGCUAACCUCCGGAAACUGAGUUUGAAGCAUUGGGAUCAGGAUGAUGGGAAUGAGUUCCGCGGGGCGCAUUCGAUGGUUGUCGGGGGGUACGGGCAACUCGCGCGGGCUUUGGCGUUGGCGCCGGAGAAGUUGGACAUUAAGUUGAGGAAGAGCGUACAGACUGUCGUCUAUUCGGACGCGCAGACCAUGAUUAAUGGAACGAUGUAUCAGCAGCCCCCCGUGAGGGUGAUUUGUCAUGAUGGAGAUGUGAUUGGGGCUGAUGCGGUUAUUGUUACCCUUCCGUUGGGGGUGUUGAAGAGUGGGGAUGUUGCGUUUGAGCCGGCGUUGCCGGAGUGGAAGAUGGGUGCGAUCUCGAGGCUUGGUUUUGGGUUGUUGAAUAAGGUCGUGCUUGUUUAUGAUGAGUGUUUCUGGGAUCGGGAGGCGGAUAUGGUUGGGGUGUUGAGGGAGCCGGAGAAUGGGAAGGAUCCGAUGAAUCAGGAGAGCUAUGUGGAUGUUAGGGGACGGUUCUACAUGUUUUGGAAUUGUUAUAGGACUGCUGGGAAACCCGUGUUGGUUGCGCUCAUGGCGGGCAAUGCGGCGGAGGCGGUGGAGAAGGAGGAUGAUGAUGUACUCAUCGAGGAAGCGACGACGGUGUUGAAGAAGAUGCACCCGGGGAAACAUGUGCUGCAGCCGCGUGAGUCGAUUGUUACUAGAUGGAAGAAGGAUCCGUAUGCGAAGGGGUCAUAUUCCUACGUGGGCCCCAAGGCUACGGGUGAGGAUUAUGAUCUUUUGCAGAAGGAUGUCGAUGGAAGGGUGUACUUUGCUGGUGAGGCUACGUGCCGGACGCAUCCCGCCACCGUCCACGGAGCCUACCUUUCUGGUCUUAAAGCCGCAAAGGAGGUUUUGGAGCACUUUAUUGGUCCGAUUAACGUGCCGACUGAUAAGCAUAUCGUUGUGCCUACUGAGAUCGCGACUGCGAUGGCGAAGGUCAAGGUCGAGAGUAGGAGGACGCAGUACAAGGAGAGCUGGACGCAGAAGGCGAAGAGGCUUAAGCGUGAAAGGGUGCAGGCUGCCGAGGAGGCUUGUGAAGCUGCCUUGGUCGAGAAGUUGGGCGAGAAGCCGAUGAAGGCGAAGAGACGGCCCGCGAACCCUUUCUUGGUUUUCCAGAAGGAGAGCUGGAGUAGGAUCAAGGCCGAGGCUGAUAGAAUUCAUCAGGAGCGCACUGGGAACCCGAAUGCGAAGGCUAGUAGGGAUGAGAUUCGUGCGUUGUUGGGGAAGGCUUGGAGGGAUAUGAGUCUGGAUGAGCAGAAGCCCUACCGCGAGUUUACGGAGUCGAAUAAGGCUGCGAACAGUGGUAGCGUUGCUGAUUUCAACAAUCAGUUGUUGGAAUGGGAGCGUCAGGCUGAGACUUUUAGUAAGACGUUCAUGGAUGCUGCGUUGGCUGAGCCGCCGAGUUCUUCAUCAUCUACAACUCCAAACCUGGAACUCCCAAACAGCAAUGGCGGCACUUCAGCCAGCAAGACGGCGCCAGCCGAGACCGAGACGGAUGCCAAACUCUCCCAAACUAUGUUUGUCACCCUUUGUCGUUCUGCUUCUGGGAGAUUAUUCGCCGUUUGA